AUGGCGUCAUACAAUGAUAAUGAAACAGGUUUCUGUGAUAAUGAUAUUAAUUUUGCACGUGAAACAUUUUUUCGUGAUUGUCCAAAUGGAUAUUGUUCAAAACGAAAAUUUUUAGCAUUUAUACGAAAAUCAGCUGUACAAACAUCAUAUCAUAAAUCAACACGAUCAAAUAUAUUUUUUCAAACAUUAAUAUCAAGACAAAAUUAUCGACAAAGUAGAAAAUUUUUUUCUAUGAUGUUUGAUAUAUAUGAUCAAAAUCAUGAUGGACAAUUAGAUUUUAAUGAAUAUAUUUAUGCUCUAUCAGCAUUAACUGGUGCUAAUCGUUUACGUACAAUUGAAACAUUAUAUAAUUUUUUUGAUAUCAAUAAUCAAGGUUAUAUAACACGACAAGAAUUUAAUUCACGAAAAAAAUUAGCUGCACAAUUUCUUGGUCAAUAUAAAACUGGUAUAAAUGAUAAUUUAUCAUAUGAACAAGCUUUUAAUGCAAUAGAUACAAAUAAUGAUGGAAAGAUAUCUAAAGAAGAAUUUAUUCAAUGGCAUUUACAAGAUCAUUCAACAGCAGAUGAUAUGAAACCAGUGAAAAAACGAACACGUCUUUUAAAAAAUUUAACAACUCUAGUCGAUCUUCGUGGACAAAUUAAAACAUCAUCAUUACAACAUCGAGAAAGUAUUAAUAAAAGUUCCGUAGAUGCUUGGUUAGAAACAACAAUGCAGAUAAAUAAUAAUUCUGAUAAUCUGUCAGCACCAUCAUCACCAACAUCAAUGAAUGCUGAUCGAUAUUUAUUAAAAGUACUUCGACGAGCACGAAAUCGUUUUAUUCAUUAUCGUCAUUCAUCAAAUAGUGGGAUGUUAAAUGCGAGACGAGUCGCAAUGGAUAAUCAAUCUGACUCAGGUGUAUUUACGUCAUCAUCAAUAACAAAUUUUAAUGAUGAUUAUGAAUCAAAUAGUUUACUAGAUACAGAUGAUGAUUAUUUACAAUCAAUUAAUUCCGAUGAUCCAGAUAAUGAACUUCUAUGUCAAUCUUUAGAAGUUGUAUUAAUGGAAACAUUACUUGAAUUAAGACAACAUAGACAACUACGUUCAACUAGUUGUAAUAGGAGUAUAUCAACCAAAGAUAAAGAUCAACCAUUAAUAACUCGAUUAUAA